CUCCCUCCUCCUGCUCAGUAUCAGCGCAGCUCAUCUGCAGGACACAACUAUGAGAGAGUAGCUAGCAUGCAAAGACAAUUCAGGUAUUAAUGGCGCCUGUCAAAGGGAAAUUAUAUCAGCGGUUGCUGUUCUUGGUCGUUUUUCUUCCAAUCUCAGGUGUUUUAUGCUUUAGUGAGUUAUUUUUCAUCAAGGAGCCCCAUGAUGUCACCGCCAUGCGGAAAGAAGCUGUUAUUUUGGACUGUCAGGCGCAUGGAGAGUCACCCAUCGACGUCAGAUGGCUCAAAAACGGAGUAAAAGUGUUGGAGAACGACCGGGUGUACCGGCUCUCCAAUGGCUCCCUUUUUAUUUCGGAGGUGGAGAGCAGGAGAGGAGACAAAUCAGAUGAAGGGCUCUAUCAGUGCCUUGCUCAGAACAAAUAUGGCGCAAUCCUGAGCCAGAAAGCCCGUCUAACAAUCGCAAGUAUCUCAGCUUUUACAAUCCAGCCGACGUCCAUCGCGGUGACUGAAGGCUCAGUCGCCAGGUUUGCCUGCAAAAUCAGUGCCCACCCUCCUUGCAUCAUCACUUGGGAGUUCAAUCGGGUCUCGUUACCCCUUGCCACAGAGCGAAUCACCGUCCUACCCAGUGGUGUGCUUCAGAUCCACGGGGUGCAGCGGAAAGAUGCUGGAAACUAUCGGUGUAUCACCACCAACAUCGCCAGCCGCCGCCGAAGCAUAGAGGCCUCCCUCACUGUCACCCCAGCCCCCAGGCCCCCGCUUCCCCAGAGGCCGCGCAUUAUCGUCGGGCCACAGAACAUUUCAGUGUCGCUGCACCAGAAUGCCAUCCUGGAGUGCAUGGCCACAGGCAAUCCCCGACCCAUCCUCUCCUGGAGCCGAGCGGACAGCAAGUCUAUUGACGUUUACAGCACCAAAGUGUUGGGAAAUGGCAACCUCAUCAUCACCGACAUCAAGCCCCAGCAUGGAGGCGUCUAUAUGUGCAGAGCCACCACUCCUGGCACGCGAAACUUCACAGUCUCUUCAGCCAACAUCACCGUGUUAGCACCCCCUUCCUUGGUUGAGUGGCCAGAGAGCCUGACCCGUCCACGAGCCGGCACCGCCCGCUUCGUGUGUCAAGCUGAAGGAGUUCCAACGCCUCAAAUCACUUGGUUCAAGAACGGAGAGAAAGUUCACUCUAAUGGUCGAUUCAAGAUGUACAACAGCAAACUGGUCAUCAACCAGAUCAUCCCUGAGGACGAUGCCAUCUAUCAGUGCCAGGCAGAGAACGAGCAGGGGUCGGUCCUCUCCAUGGCCAGGCUCAUCGUGGUGAUGUCUGAAGAUCGGCCCAGUGCUCCCAGGAAUAUCCGAGCUGACACCGUGUCGAGCUCCGCGAUCCUUCUGGCGUGGGACAGGCCUCAGUUCAACGCAGAUAAAGUUAUUGCUUACUCAGUGCACUACAUGAAGGCUGAAGGACUAAACAACGAGGAAUAUCAAGUUGUGAUUGGAAACGAUACAACUCGCUACAUUAUUGAUGACCUGGAGCCGGCUCGCAACUACACUUUCUACGUGGUGGCCUACAUGCCCAUGGGAGCCAGCCGCAUGUCGGACAACGUGUUCCAGCACACACUCGAGGACGUUCCCCUCCGUGCUCCUGAGCUCAGCCUCACCAGCCGCAGUCCCAUGGACAUCCAGGUGUCUUGGCAGCCGCUUCCAGACAAGCUGAGUCGUGGCCGAGUCUCCGCCUACCGUUUGUCCUACCGCACCAGUGCUGAGAGCACUGUGUCACAGCUGGAGCUACCUGGAGAGAAAACGCAGCACCUCCUGGAGAACCUGCAGCCCGACACCAUCUACCUGCUGCGAAUCGUUGCUGCCACCAGCAUCGGGUGGGGGGAGCAGUCCGCCUGGACGUCUCACCGCACUCCGAAGCUAUCGAGUGCUCGAGUUCCCAUGGCUCCUGAGCUGCAUUUAGAGCCUUUAAACUGCACCACUAUCUUGGCGCGCUGGCAGCUGUCUCCCAGGAACUCAGCUAGUGUUCAAGGCUAUAGGCUCUUCUACCACGAGGAGAGCCAGUCAGAGAGGGCGCCGCUUCAGCUUCGCGCCUUGGAUAAUACUUACACCAUCGGAGGCCUUGACCCAAGGAAGAAGUACCAUGUGAAGCUUCUGGCUUAUAAUUUUGUCGGAGAAGGCUACCAGGCUGACCAAACUGUCAGCACCACUGGAUGUGUCUCUGUCAGAGAUCGCCUGGUGCCUCCUCCACCUCCUCCACACAACGUCUACAUCAAGAGCAACAGCUCCAGCUCGGUGUUUCUGCGCUGGAGUCGACCAGCCUUCACCUCCAGCCAAACCAUCAACUACACCGUGCGCUGCAACCCAGUAGGCCUGCAGAACGCCUCGCUGGUGCUCUACCUGCAGACGAAUGAGCAGAACCUCCUAGUGAGAAAUCUGGAGCCCAACACCAAGUAUGAAUUUGCCAUCCGCCUCCACAUUGACCAGCUGUCCAGCCCCUGGAGCCCUGUGGUCUAUCACAGCACUUUACCUGAUGCUCCAACUCUGCCUCCUUCCAACGUGAAAGUGACUCUGAUAGAAGAGGACACGGCGCUGGUUUCAUGGAAAAACCCAGAUGAACCUAAUGUAGCUGUGACACAUUACACCAUCCUGUACGCCUCCAGAAACGCCUGGUUAGCUGGGGAAUGGCAAGUGCUGCAGAGAGAAGGAACCAUCACCAUGGCCCUGCUGGAGAAAUUGAAGCCUGGUCAGAUUUACUUUGUGAAAGUUUCUGCCUCCAACAACAUGGGCGAUGGUCCGUUCUCUCUGACUGUGGAGCUGAAGGUCCUGGCAGAUCUGUCCUCAGGUCACGAUCCCCGGCUCUCUCGUGGCAACACACACUCCACAGCCUUUUCUGAUGGUUUCUACCACCUGGACCAAAAGUCAAUGACAGGAAUCACUGUGGGAGUCUGCAUCGCUCUCAUCUGCAUCAUUAUCUGUGCCUUCAUCAUCGUCUGCAGAGGCAAAAACAGGAAAUUCUCAGCAUUUAAAGCGUACAGAGAAGGAGCGGGCACAUCUGGCACAUCUGCCGCAGCUGCAGGACAGCUGGGCUCUGAGGGACAAACAGAGAGCGCUGAUGUCAGCGUGCCGAUGCUGAGUCCAAACCACUUCAUCGAUGCCAAGGGUGGAACAAAUCUCAUUAUCAAUUCUCUCGGCCCUGUUCAGCCAAGCACUGAGAAGAAAGAGAAAUGGUUUUCCUUCAGCAGUAAUGCGAAAAAGGACAGUAAAGCACUGCAGAUUGUGAGACCCCGCCUCCUACCAGCCCGGCUCCACCCGUGCUGACCUAUGAAGAGGAGCUGAACCUGUCUCCAGAUCAGCCCGACGCCAUGCAGGCAAUGCGCUGGUCGCCCGGGGACUCAGAGGGCUCCUCCAGCAGCGAGGGCAGCCACGCAACCGGCGACUCGGGCCGUUACUCUCAUGACGAGACGGAGAUGACCAAUCUCUCGUCUGGGGCUAGCAGCAGCCGCCCGUCUCUGUCCGUGGAGGACAGCGGAGGCUCGGACUGCAGCGGAGGCCUCGGACUUGCAGCGGAGGCUCGGACAGCAGCGGAGGCUCCGACUGCAGCGUAAAAGAGUCAGGCGAUGUGGUGGAGGAAAGUCUGUCUGACCUGAAGUUAAUGGAGUCUGUCGACAAUGGCUGCUGUCACCAUGAAGCAAAGAACAGCUCUCAGGAUGCACUUUCUCUCCAGGUGCCUGAGUGUGUGUGAGUGUGAGAAUGUGUGCGAGAAUGUGUGAGGGUGUGAAGGCAGUCGUACACUUGCAAAAAGUCAAACUGCAGUGAAGUACAAAAACUACUGAGCAGAGCACAUCCUAGAGAGUUAGAGGAAACGAUCAACACCACUCCACAGUCCCGCCUCAAAACCCACCUCUUGAACUCUGUCCAUAAGCCCCCCCCCCCCCCUCUCAACUAACUUCCUCCUGACUGCUUUUCUGUUUUGUUUUGUUUCUUUUGGUUUGGUUUGUUUUUGUUUUGUUUGUCUACCCUCCCUCCCAAAUGCGUCUUUGGGUCAAGAAAGCGCUAUAGAAAUAAAAUGUAUUAUUAUUAUUACUCCUGACAAGCUUAGUUUAGCACAAGGAUUAGAAGCGGGAUUCAGGGUCUCUGGCUCUGUGUAAAAAGAACAAAAUCCACCUACCAACACCUUUAAUAUCCCAAAUGAACACUUAGUUGUGAAGUGUGGAAACAUCAAGCUAUGGUUUUAUAGGAGGUCUUGUGUUUAGCUAUGGUUGAGACCAGCUUUCUGGAGUCUACCCAUCGGGAAGCCUUCGUAAAGCGACAAUUUGUAGUUUUUCACUUCAGUUUUUGCAGAGAAAUUGUUUAGCUUUAGAGGUGGAUUUUGUUACCUAUGGACACAUCCAGGCUAGCUGUAUACCCCUGUUUACAGUCUUUGUGCUAAGUUAAGUGAAUUGGCUGCAGGCUGAUGACAAACUAAUACUUGUAACUAUCCUUCAGUUAUUCUUUGCAGUUAUUCUCUAUUGCAAGUGUACCGCAGGCCUGAAUGUAAGUGAGAGAGAGAUGUGUAAAAAAACAAGGAGAGAAACCUUUUUUUUACAUUCAUCCUCUGUAGGUCCAACACAGUGAAAGCCGACAAAUGCCUUUUCCAGUAUAAAAUGUUGGCAGGGAUGGGUCACAUGAUUUAUUUUACUUUCAAUGAAUGCCUUUUUUUAUUUUCUCUUUGUUGUGUGUGUGUUUUUUUAUUUUAUUUCACCCACCAUGAAUGUUUAAAAAGAUUGUAAAAUGUGGCACAACGUGACAUUUCUGACAUUAUUUAAGAGAGUUUAUCACUGGAGCGAAGGAAAGCGUGAAUCCUUUUCACUGAUUAUCUACCUCGGUUUACCUCCGUGUAAACUUCCACUGUAUAUUUAAUAACUACUUAUACCAACGUUAUGUGAUGUGCUGCUUCGGUUACAUUGCAUUUGAUACUUCCUGAUGACUUUCCUCCUGAUUGUCAUCCCACUUUAGUUUUUUCAAUUGAUUUUGUCCGGAUUUUGCUGGAUGGUGAGGGCAGCUCUCUCCUCUCGCUCCACCUGUGUGGCCUGAAUGAUAGAAACACACACAGUUUGUUAUUUAUCCCCUCAGGUGUUGCUGAGGCACUGAGCCAGUAUUAAUAGUUUGUAUUUUGUCCAUUAUUGAGUAAUGGUAUGAAAAGACAAUGAAUGUCUCCUUUUUGUUUCCUUUGUGCAGCUGCCCUCACUAUUCUUGUUUUAUACUACCUCGAUUACGAAUGUAUUUUAUUGUCUUAUUGUUUUCCUAAACUCAGGGAACAAAGUUUAGUACAUUUGAAAAGUCAUGUAGUGUUACAGGCUUAACUGACAGGGUAUCUUCUCAGUACUAAACCGUUUGAGUGUGUAUUUGCCUAAUAGAAAAUGCUAUGAAUGUAUCCCCCAGACAUUGUGCGCUAGUAGCUCAAUGUUAAAAGCCCCUAUGUAGUUUCUCCUCAGGUCCUAUAACGUCUGUUUGUUUUGUUUUUACAACAGACUCUUUAGUUUAUUGACUUCUUCCUUUUAAUUAGUGUAAAGAUUCACACCAGAAGUGCUUGCAGUGGCGUGUCGGUUCAGAAAAGCUUUAUAAUUGGCCUUAAUGUGGGAAAGCCUCCCUCAGAAGUGGAAACCAAAUCUUUCUGAGGGAUAAGCUCCACGUGAGGAUGCAACACGUGAAGAAUGAUUGUAGUAAAAGCAGUGUUUAAUCAGAGAUGAAAGUGAAGAAUUGAAUGAACACCAUAAAACUAUAUUUUUAUUAGAAGAUAAUGUUCCACGGAGUUCACAUUGUAGAAUUUUCCAAGUAGUCUUUUUGUUUUGUUGUAGAGUAGAUAAAGAUUAGCACUUGUCUGCCAAGUAGUUUUGUAUUAUCGUCCAAUGUGCAGCGGUGAGUGUGACGCUAGAACCCAAAGAGUUGUUUGCUACCUGUGUUUAUUUUAGUCUCUCAACUCAUCUCUGGCAGAAGGUUACUGAGGAAUGUGAAAUAAUCGAAACACGUUAGACCAAAGAUGAGACGCGGCCACUGAGAUCAGUUUUGAGUUCCUCAAACAAAGCCUUGCACAUUAGUGGCCUUGAUCCGCGACAAAAAGAGUGAAGAGAGUCGCGGGUUAAAACUCCAAGGAAGUGCCUGCAGGACACUCAGACACUGGAGUGACAAUUAUUAAUCAUUUUGCGCACAAACCAAAUUAUCCUGCCGCAGUGUUCCUCCAAAACUGUUGCAAACAGAUGUCUGUACAUUGUAGGGGCGAAAUUAUUAAAUACAAUAUAUUAUAUUGAGUAGUGUCUGUGUUGCAACGGUGCAGUUUUGUGUAAAUGUGCACCCACUGAUUGAAAGAUUUUUUUUUUUUAAAUGUUGUAUUUAGAAGAUUUCCUCACAUAGGACAUACAUAAAGUCAUUUAUCUCAACCCAAAAUAUAUGUGAGGUAUUUAAAUGUUUGCCUUUUGAGUUAAUACUAAAGAUACUUUGAUCAUCUUUAAAGAUAUCUUAGUUUAAAUCAUAACUGACAAGUCAGUGGGUGCAGCUUUGUUUUUACAUUCUGUAUUUUAAUCAGAGAGAUUCUGCGGAGGAUUCAAUCAUGGGAAAUGUACGGGAUGAAGAGUGACACAAUCAGUUUACUUUUCUUUUGGAAAAGCAAACAAUAUAAACCAAAGAUUGUUUUUAAAGGUCACCGUUGCAUAUUGGCAUAUUGAGAAAGAUCUGUUUAAGCAUCCUAUCUUUGUGUGAAAGUUGUCAUUUUCAGUGUCCUUGUGCUCAUUUAAUAACAGAAAAAUGUGUUCUACUUGGGGAUUUCAGGAUGAAAACGUUUCCAUUAUUCAUCUUUUAUUUCCAAAAAUUAAGUUAUCCUCUUUUUUUUAACACUUUUUAUUAUUCAAAGUUAAAGAAGAAUACACAUUUCCCUUUGUAAUUGAACCAUACUGUAUUCAUAUGUCCUGUGUUAUUAGAGCUUUAAGAGCUCAAUCCAGAAUCUGAAACCAGUCCUCAUGCUUAUAACUCUCAACCCAAAAUGUUCAAGAGAUGUUGUGGAGCUCUGAUAAGAUACUGAACUGCUUCACAAAGACACUGUUUAUGUCUUUAACUUGGGAUACUCACACACACACACACACACACACACACACACACACACACACACACACACACACACACACACACACCUGGAUGCAGAUUCUAAAUUGGGCUCUUCGUAGUUCAAACAGGUACAGAAGUGUUACCUCAGGUUUUUAUUUUUCAAAUUCUUGUGAUAAGUGCAAAUGCAAUUUACUUGGGUCAUUAAUAUGUGUAAGAUAAAAGAUGCAAUGUGUGAGAUAUGGCAAGAAUUUGAGUUUAAAACAGUUGAAAAAUGAACAUAUACAGAAUGUAAAGAUAAUUUAGUGUUGACGUCAUGUCAAAGACUCCCGUCAUGUUGCAGAAAUGUACUUUCUCUCUGCUCCGUCCUGUCUUGUAUUACCACUUGUCCCUCUGGCGAUUGUGAGUCACUGUAGCGUCCAGUCUAGCAUCAGUCCAACAUGUGAAGACGUAGUUCAGAAGACGUGGGUCUAUGGCCAGCUUUUACACAUUGCAUCUUUAAGAUCGUCCCACAAAUGACCUGAGAUGUUGGUCUGUUCAUCGCAUGAAUGUUGUUAUGUUGGAGUUAUGUUCCUGUCCGAAUGUGUGAAUUCAAAGGGAUAAAACACACUCUUGUUUUUCCUUUUAGCAGUAAUAUUGUUUAAAUAAUGUGAGGUAGAGCGCUGCGGGUCAUUUACAGUCAAAACUCAGGGGAACCUGCAGCUGCUCCGCCUCAAAGAGAAAACUGGUUUUCAAGUCUUGAAAAUGGAAUGUACCUUUUUGUAAUGAUUAUGUUUCAUGAUAUUUUAUGUUAAUGUUUUGUUUUAUUUGUCAGAUCAUCUUUGUCAGCAAAACCACUUGCAAGUUGGUUUUUGCCAAAAUAUGUUAAGUUAGGAGAUUUAAGACAGCUGGUAAUUAUGUAUAAGUCUGAUUCUCAAUUUAAAUAAAAGUAUAAAAAAUGUCA